GAGAAGGCCAAAGAGGGCUAUGGAGAUUGAUCUCUCACUCACAAUUGAUCAAGAACAAGAACAAGAACACGAACACGAACACGAACAAGUUGCUGCCUCCAGUUCGAGAGAAGGUUUGGCAGUCGAUAUUAAUGGCGGAGAGAUUUCGGUGUUACAAAUGGAAAUGGAUCGAAUGAAGGAAGAGAACAAAGCGUUGAGACGAGCUGUGGAACAAACCAUGAAAGAUUACUAUGAUCUUGAAACCAAAAUUGGUAUCAUCCAACAAAACAAUCUCACCAACAAGGACUCUCGUAACUUUCUAUUAUUCCAAGGAAACGAGAAGAAGAGGCAUGACAUACGAAACCUAGACUUGGAUCUCGAGGAAAUGUCGAAGAAGAAGAGACGAGCUCGGUCGCCGACAUCGAAGGAGGAGGAGCUAAAGGAGAGGGAGCUAGGGUUAUCAUUAGGGCUCCAUACAAACAACAAAGAAGAUAACCAUAAGGAAUUACAAGAAGAAACAAGAGAAAAGAACAAGCCACAAAGGCCUGAGUUAUUGCAAGGAAUGGCACCCCCACAAAACAGGAAAACUAGGGUUUCUGUGCGAGCUAGAUGUGAAUCUGCCACUAUGAACGAUGGUUGUCAAUGGAGGAAAUAUGGUCAAAAAAUCGCGAAGGGCAAUCCGUGCCCUCGAGCCUACUAUCGUUGCACAGUUGCCCCGGGAUGCCCCGUUAGAAAACAGGUCCAAAGAUGCUUAGAAGACAUGUCGAUUCUGAUAACAACGUACGAAGGAACACAUAAUCAUCCACUCCCGGUCGGAGCCACAGCCAUGGCUUCCACAGCAUCAGCAGCAGCUUCCUUCAUGAUCUUAGACUCCGCUAAUACUAACCCUAAUAUUCUGAACUCCUCUUCCUAUUCUCCAAACCCUAAUGAGCCCUCUGCCAACAGCUUUUACAGCCCUUUAAUGGCUACCUCUUCCGCCUCCGAUUUGCCCCAUUCCUUCUUCCAUAGGAGCUUUCAACCUAAUCAUCUAAUGGGUUCCCUUCAUGGUCGGAGUUGGAACCCUACCGACGGUAAUAAGCCACCGCUGACGGCGGAGAGUGUGUCUGCUAUUGCUUCUGACCCUAAGUUUCGAGUCGCCGUGGCGGCUGCCAUUUCGACGCUUAUUAACAAAGAGAGCAAUCGCACGACGUCGAUGCCGGAUCCUAUUGAACGUUCUUCCUCUUUUGGUUCUGGUAAGGAUGGUGACGGCGGCGACGGUGGCGGCGGAAAUAAGAAUUGGGUUGUUGAGUCCCUCUCUUUGAAUGGGAAGUAAGCUCUUUUCAG